AUGGCUUCCCCAAACCGCAACCCAGCUGCCACAAGUGUCGCAGUGGCCAGUAAAGGAGCAGAGCCCAGUGGGGGCGCCGCCCGGGGCCCCGUGGGCAAAAGGCUACAGCAGGAGCUGGUGACCCUCAUGAUGUCUGGCGACAAAGGAAUUUCUGCUUUCCCUGAAUCAGGCAACCUUUUCAAAUGGGUAGGGACCACCCACGGAGCAGCUGGCACAGUAUAUGAAGACCUGAGGUAUAAGCUCUCCCUAGAGUUCCCCAGUGGCUACCCUUACAAUGCACCCACGGUGAAGUUCCUCACACCCUGCUACCACCCCAAUGUGGAUACCCAGGGUAACAUCUGCCUGGACAUUCUGAAGGACAAGUGGACUGCCGUGUAUGAUGUCAGGACCAUCCUGCUUUCCAUUCAGAGCCUGCUAGGAGAACCCAACGUUGAUAGCCCUUUGAACACACAUGCUGCUGAGCUCUGGAAAAACCCCACAGCUUUUAAGAAGUACCUGCAAGAAACCUACUCUAAGCAGGUAUCCAGCCAGGAGCCCUGACCCGGGCUAUC